AUGGAAGAGUUAAAGAAUCAAAAUGAGAGUGCUUACAACUGGUUGGCUGCUAAACCACCAACAGAAUGGACAAAAGCACAUUUUAAAGAGGGAGUUAAAUGUGACAUGUUACUGAACAACAUAUGUGAAAGUUUUAACCACGCUAUCAUGGAUGCAAGGGACAAGCCAAUAAUUACUCUUCUAGAGAGUAUAAGGUUCUGGUUAAUGUGUCGAUUUUGCAAGAGAAGAGAAUCUGUGUUGAGGUGGACAGAAACUGUCCACAAUAACAUUGUGAAGAUUGUCAGACAACGGCAGAACGUUUCACGACACUCCUCAGUUACACGUGCCAAUGCAACAAUGUUUGAAGUUAGGAUGAACAUUGGAGGUGCAUUUACGGUUGAUUUGGAUAAACGAACUUGCACUUGCAGAGUAUUCCAGCUCUCAAGAAUACCUUGUGGACAUGCUUUCGCUGCUAUUUGGUUUUGCAACCAUCAUCAAUGGGGUUAUAUUCAUGAUUACUACCAGAAGCCAGCAUUUCAAGCUGCUUAUGAAGGCACAAUCUUUCCUAUGUCUAGCCCCGACCAAUGGCCCAACAAAGGUCAUAAUCCGAUCUUGCCUCCUGGAGACCACAACCUUCCGGGCAGACUUAGAAAGAAGAGAAAGAGAGCGGGUGAUGAGCCACCACCACCGACUGCAACUAAAACCAGGAGAUUUGGACUGGUUAUGCAUUGCUCCAACUGCAGAGAAGCUGGACACACAAAAGCCAAAUGCAAAAAACCAAAGACUACAACCCCACAGACACAGGUGGAGAAGAACAAAGGAGGCCGCCCACCUUCCAAAAACCCAAGUGAGGAAACUUUGAAGAGGAGGAAGAGGAAAGAGAAACAGUUGGCAAGGGAGACAAGGGAUAAUGCACCAGCAGCUCCAAAUGCAGGGUCUUCCAAUCCUACAACUUGA